AUGUCAUCCAAGAAAAACUCGUCGAACGGCAAGUCAUCGGCCAGUGAGCUGAGGGCGCAAUUCAAGGACCUCCAGCAACGGCUUGGAAAAAACUCUGACUCUGCGACAAUCGACACGGAUUCAGCUACGAGAGGGAGGAAACGUGAUAGUUUAGGUCUUGGGGCACAAUCGCUUUCUGAACGGCGUCCGCUAUCGGGGAAUGAUUUUCUAAGUGACCUGAGUGACGGCCUUUUGGUGGAAUCUCGUCGACUCAACCAUGAAAACACACAAUUAAAAGCACAAUUAUCUGAUUUACAAGAUAAGUACACCCAAACUUCCCAGCAACUACACAAUUUGCAAGUGUUGAACAAGAAACUGAGCGAAAAGGAGGAGGAUUCCAGUGAACGAAUUUGGGAACUCGAAUCACAACUCAGCGAUCUGCGAGACAACUCAGUGAAGCUACAGCAGAUGUACGAGAAAACGAGCAAGGACAAGUCUUCAAGAGAUGUAGAGCUGGAAAGCUUAAGGGCGCAGCUUGAGCUUUAUCAGGAAAAGCAAAUGGUUCUGGAAAAGGAGACCACAGCUAAACUAUCGCAGUUGAAUGCUACGAUAAAAGAGCUGAAAGAACGCAAUUCCGAUUUGAACGAUGAAAACGACGAGUUGCACCAGAAAGUGCACAAGUUGUCUGUAUCAGAGAAUAAACGAUUAGACGUACCUCCUGCUAAUGACGAGAACGCUGAAUAUGAAAAGUACGACGAGUCGUUGUUGCUCGACCCUUCGCUGUCUCCAAUUCGUGAAAUAUCUCAAAACACAAUGCUUGAGUCUGACACGGCCAGUCUACAAAAAGCGCAAAAGACGAUUGCCAAGCUGAAACAGGAUCUGGCCAAGCUGAAGGCGGAGAAGGAUGAGCUGAAGAGAAAGCAGACCAAAUCACCGAAAAAAUCGACCAGACGUCAAUCUGUCGCCGAAAGCGAUGAAUGGGAUGACUUCGACAAAAGCAUUGCCGCAAAUACCACAGCCAGGGACUCGGAAUAUUCUAAUUUACAGAUGCUUGAAGACGAGCUGGGAAAUCUUUCGGACGAAUACGAUGAGAUGGAAACUUCGCAAAUAAAAUACCUGGAAAAAUAUGCUUCCAAGCAUGGACUAAAGCUUGUGCCUGAAUCUGGCGACAAGACAUCUGACAGAUCCAUAAUUGAGGCCUCUACAGGAUACGACAUCGUUGCUUUGCCUAAUGACGCCAAUGUGCACUCUCCAAUUGAGCAGCUGAAACAAAGGUGCCAUGAGCUUGAUAUGGUGCCGCUCAAAACAAGAGAGUACGAAGAGCUGGUGAAGAGAUCAAAUUACGACACUAUCGACACGGACAAGCUGGCCAACGUUGGUCUUACAGUUCUUCCUUUGCUUGAGUUCAAAGCACUUGAAGGGAAAGCCAAUAAGUUCGAGACUGCAGAGGCUGAAAUCAAACAACUUCAAGAUCAGCUGGAAAACCCAGGUGCACAAUUUAUUCACAAAAAGGCCAAUGAUUUGGGGCUAGCGUCUAUUCCUGCUGAAGAGUUUGAAAAGCUAAAGGCUGCAUUGAACACCAAAACCAUUGAGCUGAAUACAGUGCAAGAAAAAUUAAGACAGGUUGAAAAGAGAUUGGAGACCCAAGUCACGUCACUGGAACAGUUGCAAAGUGGAGCAAAAAACCACAACAUGGAUCUUUUGCCGGCUGCGGAACACAGAGAGCUGCUUGCAAAGGUCAAGGAACAGCAACAAGAUAUCGAAGUAUUCAAGGGAGCUCUCAAGGCUGCAGAGGACAAGCUUGCCUCUCCAGACGUUUCAUAUAUCAAGGAGAUGGCAGCAAAGAAAAAUCUGGUCAUCUUGACGGUUGAGGAAAACGAAGCGCUCAAAGCUGUGAGCACUCCUGUGAAUAGUCCUGUGAAACGGAACAUUGACUCUGGAAGUCCAAUCAAACGCCCUGCUACUCUGGCGACUGACGGAACUGUCGAGAUUGCUGCUGCAGCUUUACGUUCGCUUCAACAAACCGUGGAAAAUCCAACCCUUCCAUAUUUGAGCAGCAAGCUUUCCAACUUGGGCUAUAAGGCUCUGUCCAUCAAUGAGUACGAACUGCUUGUAGCAAAAUCUUCUUCCAGUGGGGUUAACGUUUCUCCGCGCAAGCAAAGGGCCCUUGAGUCGGCUGAGACAGUUGAGUCUCUGAAAAGACGGUGUGCGGAACGAGGCUUGGUUGUUUUGUCUAAAUCGUCCUAUGAAAGCAUUCUUGUGUCCUCAAAAAGAUCGCUUACCCCGGUCGAGCUGCUUGAAAGAGUUGACAAGUCGGGCAUGGUUGCUCUCAAAAAGAAAGACUAUCAGGAGCUUUUGGAAACUGUUGGUUCUCUUGGCCCUCAGUUUGAGGAACCAGUGAAGCAAAUGAAAAGAGCUGGCCCUCAGCACAUUGGGGCUCAUCUCAAUGAGCUUAAACUGCUUGCCGAUCAGCAAGCUAAAGUUUCUGCGUCUUAUGACUCGCCGCCUGUUUCGUUCCUUAUGCAAAAAGCAAGGGAUGCGGGUUACAAACUAUUGAGUGAAAAAGAGUACAAAGAGCGGAAAGUUGAACCAUCUCCUGAAGAAUGCCGUGAGAUUCUUGAAAAGCAUAACCUUGUGCUGCUUGAUCCAGAGGAGCAUAAGGAGCUUUUGUUGCUGAAAAAUAGUGCCGAGCAUCCCUCCAAGGAUUUUGUCUCCAAGCUUGCUGCUGCUGCUGGACUGAGCGUUAUGGAGACAGUGGAGGCAAAGAGACUCUCCAAUCCUUCAAAGUCACAAGUUGUACAAUUGGCCAAACAAUACUCUCUGGUGAUGCUGGAUAAGCAGGAGCAUGAAAAAUUGCAUCAGGAGCUAAAGAAGUCGAAAGAUGCAGUUAGCGAGCGUAACCAACAGGUGGCAAAACUCGACUCUCAAGUCAAGCAGCUGCAAGAUCGGAUUAACAGGCCGACAGUCGAGUUUCUGCAGAGUGCUGCUGCCAGGCUUAACUUUGUCUUGGUGGCUAAGAAUGAAAAUGACAAAAAGGAAAACCAGCUGAAAGUCAUCUCAAAGCUCGAACAAGAAGUGUCCAAAUUGAAGUCACAGGUGUCAAAAUUGUCAGCAAAGCUCAAGGAGACAGAAACUAGUGAUUUCGCGAGAUCGCAAGCUGCCAAAUUUGAUCUUGUAGUCAUGACUGUCUCUGAGAAAAAGCAAAAGGACGAUGAGCUCGGCCAUUGCCAAAAGCAGUUGAGUGAAAAGUCCAGGGUCCUGCAGACGGUCCAGAAGCAAGUGCAGGAGCUGACAAAACAACUGACCGCGACUAGAAAAGAGCUAGACUUGGAGAAACAGGUCUCUCCUUCUCUCGAGGUGGCCAAGUCAGUUGUGACCAAAAGUGGACUACUCUGCUUGUCGAAAGAAGAGGUGGACCAUCUUUCGCAAGCUAAACCGCGCGAAACUGUCUAUGUGGAUGCUCCAAGUGAACCUGUCGACUCCAAAGAUCGCACAAUGAAAGAAGAAGAGUUGAAGGAGCAUGCCUCCAAACUGGGAUUUGUGCUUGUUCCUGUUGGACAGAAGAGACAAACCCAAAGAUUGGACGUGCACAAGCUCAAAGAACUUGCCAAAUUACACGGCUUGGAGACCAUAGAAGCUUCCAAACUGCGGAAACUUGAGGAGAAUAGCAAGAUCGAUCUUCCAAGGCUUCAUGCGUCCGCCAGAUCUUUGGGUAUGACCGUGGUUGAUCCUAAAGCAGCUCCAAAAAGAGCUGACCUGAGCCAAGCAGCAAGCAAACUGGGUUUGAAACUCAUGAGUUCAUCAGAAAUCGAAGCACUGAGGAAAAGGCCGAUCACUUCUAAGGAUCUCGCUGCCAAAGCUGCCGAACUUAAGCUCAAGCUUGUGCCUGAGAACGAACAAGGAAACUUGAAGAAUCCCGUUCUUGAUAGCGAUCUCAAACAGAUAUGCAAAUCGAAAGGAUAUAUGCUCAUUCCAGAGUCCAAAUUCGUGGCUACUACAGUUUCGAGGACAGUUGAUGAGUCCAACAUCGUCGUCGUUCCUUCCACCUACUACAAUAAACUAAUCAGAAGCCACGCCUGGUACAAAAACCAUAAGACAGAAGUUGAUGAAAGUGAGAAGCCCGCCACGACUGUUUUGGAAGAGGACGAGCCAAGUGUCUUGUCUGCAGACGUUAUAAAGCAAAGUCAGCCUAGCAUUUCAAUGAACCACUUAGCUAGACACGCUACUACGUCUACUGAUCAGACAACGGCCACUUCCAAGUUCACCGACCAGGAAAUGAUUGCCGCAAUUACUCAAACAAUCAUUGGAGAAUAUCUUUAUAAAUACUACAGAAAGCUCGGUCCGCUGUCUUCUCUCUCUGAAGCCAGACACGAAAGAUACUUCUGGAUUCACCCUUACAGCCUUACGCUUUACUGGUCUGCUGCCAAUCCUAUCCUUGGUGAUCCUUCCGAAAACAAGAUCCGGGCCCUGGCAAUUAGUAGAGUCGAGUCCGUUGAGGACAACAAUCCACUACCUCCUGGAUUGUACCACAAAAGCAUUCUUGUUCACUCUGUGGACAGGACGAUCAAGAUCACCUGUCCGACCCAAAAGCGACACAGAAUUUGGUUCAACUCGCUAAGAUAUUUGAUCGACAGGAGUGUCGAUGAAAACAUAAACCAAGACCCAGAAAACCAAUACGAGGUUUCUUACGCAUUAGACGACCGCGUGGAAAACGAAAGAAAUGGACAUGGGCAGCCGCCAUCAAGAAGCUUGACGACGAAAGGACUGUUUGGCAGCAUCAUGCCUGCCAAAAAGGACUAA